AUGGUAUGGCGAUUCUCUUGGCUGCUCCUUGCAGCGACUGUCCAAGCUGCCUCUCUGUCUCUUCAAUCUCCUCGUUUCACAAUUAGCGCAUCGGAUGCUACCCAGCUGCGUUCGGACACGCUGUCCCUUACCAAAAGACCAGAGCCUCUGACUCUCAGUGCGACAGAUACCCUCAAGCUUACAUUCCAAAUAACAGAGAGCAACGAGGGUAAAGGUGUCCAACCGCACCAAACGUUCCUACGAUUCUAUGACAAGGUGUCAGGCGAGGAGGGCAUCCAACCUGUUAGGGUAACUCCUGGAGGAAAGGCCAAGUUUGAACUGAACAUGGCCCGCCCACCUGCGUCCAUCCCCCCAACUACGCACAAUCCCCUUGAGGUCUCGCUCAUCCUGGGCUCCUUCGUACACGAACCUGCAAAAUACGAUCUCUUCGACCUCUACAUACCUGCCUCCCAAACGCCCGCCGAACACCCGGAUGAAGUCUCAUUCCACGUCCUCCCCGUCAUCCAGCACACCUUCCGCCCCGAUCAAAAAUCACCUCCUCAGUUUAUCUCUGCCGUGUUUGCGGCGGUUGUACUGUCCCCUUGGCUCGUGUUGAUUGGACUGUGGAGUCAAAUUGGCGUCAAGGUUCCCAACCUCUUCUCUCUUAGCAUCAUGCCCUUCACCGCCCUCCUUGGCGCCUUUGAGGUGCUACUUGUCUGGUACUGGGUAGAUCUCAAGCUGGGUCAAGUGCUUCUAUACGGGGGUAUCCUUACCGUUCCAACCGUUUUCGCUGGUAAGCAGGCUCUGUACGCGACUGGAGAGUGGAGAGCUGGUCGGAAAUGA